CGCGCGCUGCCACGCACGCCCGCGCCGCCGCCGCCGCCGCCGCUCCCGCGCGCUGUGACUGUGACAGUGAAUUAUACAGUGCCCUCAGUUCAGUUGCUGUUGAAAUGUGUAAUAGCUAAGAAUUAUCACGAGUGCAUUAACCAGAUAGUUCAAGAGUUUUGUGAUGAAUGUGCGGCGUUCCCUGGACACUUGAGUGGCUGAAUGUUUCAUUCAAAAUUAGGUCGGUGCUCGUGAUGGCGCAUGGCGCGGGCGGCGCGCUGCGUGCUGCUGGCGCUGUGCUCGCUGGCCGCCGCCGCGCCGAGGUACAGCUCGCGCAUCGUGCACACAGACACCGGAGCCAUCCGCGGAGUGAUAGUGGAGCCGGCGUCGCGGCGCCUGGAGCCCGUGGAGGUGUUCCGCGGAGUCCCCUACGCCGCGCCCCCCGCGCGCCUGGCCGCCCCCGCGCCGCCCCCGCGCUGGCCCGGCACCAGGCUCGCCGACGCCUUCGCGCCCGUCUGCCCGCAGGCGCUGCCCGACAUAUCCAACAAGACGGCGGCGCUGGCGCGGAUGCCGCUGGGAGUGUACAACGAGCUGAAGCUGACGCUGCCUCUCCUCGCCAACCAGAGCGAGGACUGCCUCUACCUCAACAUCUAUGUGCCCGGUAGCGGUUCCCGCGGCGUGGAGGCGCCGUACGCCGUGGUGGUGUGGCUGGGGGGCGGGGGCGGGGGCGCGGGCGGGGGCGGGGGCGCCAACCCGCUCGACGGCGCUGUGCUGGCCGCCAGGGCGCACCUCCUCGUCGUUACUGUUAACUAUAGGAUAGGUUUAUUAGGUUUCCUAACGUCGGGUUCCCCUCUGGACCCGGCGCACCGGGCGGGCGGCGCGGCGCUGCUGGACGUGGCGGCGGCGCUGCGCUGGCUGCGACGCAACGUCGCGGCGUUCGGCGGCGACCCCGCGCGCGUCACGCUGGCGGGGCACUCGCAGGCUACUGCUAUAGCUAAUACGCUGCUCAUGAUGCCUGAUAGCAAAGGCCUGGUGUCCCGGGUGCUGCUGCUCAGCGGGUCGGCGCUGGGCGCGGCGGCGCUGGCCCCCGACGCGGCGCUGGCGCGGAGGCACGCGGCGCAGGCGCUGCGCUGCUCGCAGGACGAAGCCACCGAGGAACACUGGUUAAUAGCUUGCGUCCGCUCACGUCCCUUAUCGGCGCUGCUGGCUGUAGAAGCGCCUCGCGCCAGGUUCCUGGCGGGCUGGGCGCCGUCCGUGCCCGUCGCCCGGGGCGCGCCGCCCACGGGGCAGGCGCCCACGCGCGCCCUGCACGCCAGCGACGCCUUCCUCGACUGCGCGUUGGCGGUCGUCGUCACUACCACGGAGAGCUAUCAGUACUUCAAUGAAGAUGACAUUAGGCAUGGAUUUGAGGAGGAACACAGGAACCGCAUCCUCCGCACGUACGUGCGCAACGUGUACCGCUACCACCGCAACGAGAUCUUCGCGGCCGUGAGGAACGAGUACACGGACUGGGAGAAGCCCAUCCAGCACCCCAUCAACAUCCGCGACGCCACGCUGGAGGCGCUGUCGGACGCGCUGGCGGCCGCGCCCGCGCUGCGCCUGGCCCAGCUGCACGCGCGCAGGGGAGCGCCCACCUACUUCGCGCACUUCGGGCAUCAGAGCAAGGAGGUCGACUAUCCACAGCGGCUCGGCAGCGUGACAAGCGAGACCCUGCCCUACUUCCUGGGGCUCCCCCUAGUGGGGGGCGCGCCGCUGGCCCCGCGCAACUACUCGCGGGGGGACGUGGGCGUGGCGGAGGCGGCCGUGGCGCUGCUGGCCAGCUUCGCCAAGACCGGCGAGCCCCGCGCCGGCGACCACCACGACAGCGGGGUCGCCUGGCCGCGGUACGAGCUCAACACGCAGCAGUAUCUCAGCAUUAGCAGCAAGUUGCGCGUGAAGAGUCACUACCGCGGGCACAAGAUGGCGCUGUGGCUGCACCUCGUGCCGCAGCUGCACCGGCCCGGCGCCGCGCCACGCCACCACCAGUUCCGGGCCACGCACCCUGACAUGUUCGCUGGAGACAUAUUCCCGGAGCUGUACUCGACCACGGCUGCUCUGGAAGACGAGGAGCCGGCGGAGGACGAGGGCGGGGGCGAGGAGGAGGCGGCGGCGGCGGGGGGCGAGUGCGAGCCGCCCUCCCCGCGCCCCGCGCUGCCCGCGCUCCCCGCCCCGCGCCCCGAGCCCACCGAGGACCCGCUGCACUAUGAGGAACAGUACUACAGCUACACGGUGGCGCUGGGCGCGACGGUGGGCGCGGGCUGCUGCCUGCUGGCGCUGAACGUGCUGGUGUUCGCGGGCAUCUACCUGCAGCGCCGCCGCCCCCGCCCGCGCCCCCGCCCCCGCGCAGGCAGCACGAGCAGCCGCCUGGCCGCCGGCGAUGGCGCCUCGCCCAGGAAGAGCACACUCAAGCAGCGAGCGGCCCGGCCCCGCGCCCGCGCCCGCGCCGCCGCCUGCCAAGAAGCGCGUGCAGAUACAGGAGAUCUCUGUGUAGACGACUUCUGAAGUGGAAAAACUCUGUUUAUCUCCACCGGGAAUAAAUUUACGAUAAUGUCUCCUGGAGCUCGCGCUCGCGGAGAUAAAGUGAUUUACGCGUGGCUCCGUGAGUGAGCAGGACCAGCCGCGAGUGUCCACUUUGAGUUUACAAAGUCUAUUAUUAAACGUAGCAUGACGUCAUCCUUCUACUGUGCUGUUAUUGGUUGUUAACUUCGUUCAGUUUAUUGUACACGUUACUGUUGCGACGAAAUUUUAACUUAUUUAAACUUUGUAAAGUUCUAACUUAUACAAUAUUACUUAUAUUUAGCAGAGAUUCUGUUAGGAUGUUGUUUUAUUUCGAGUAAAAAUAAAUAGUCAUACUCUGUACAAAAUGUACCGACAUACUCUGUAGGUGAGUUCUGUAACCUCUGCGUGAGGCCGACUGUCCUUCCAUUGUUUAGGCUUUGUACCGACACCUUGAUUCAUUCUCUGUACAGAACUAAACUUAUGUACACAAAACGUUCAUUCCAAAAUUUACAAUUCAUUAACUCAUGUAAUGUACCUACUCAAAAAUGUGAGGACUAUUAUGUAUAUAAGGAAAUUAGAUGUCUGUAAAUAUUAGUAUCUGUCGUGAAUAUUACUAUUGUGAACUCUGAUAAACAAAACUCAGGUUUUAAAUAAAGACCAUUUUUCUUGA